AUUUUCAUUUUUGUUUUUUUAUUUUCAUUUUACUCUGCAGAGUAAUAAUGUUUGAAUGAAGAAGAGAGAAACUAUUCAUCUGCUGUUUGUUUUACAAAUGAUCCCUUUUCACUGAUCUUCAUCAAAUUAAUAACUGAAAUUUUGACUUUUUUUAAUGUGUUUGCAUUAAACUGGUCGUGCAGCUUCUCAGCAUGAAUGAUUGUUCCAACUGUUCCAUGUUGGGAUGAGUGUUUCUGUGUGGGAAAGAAACUAAUCGUGCAGAUUUCUGGUGACAGAACAGAGAAAUACUUCCUUCACUAACAUCUGUGUGGUGACGGAAGCAGUGCGAAGUGUACCGGCUGUACUCAGACUAACAUACAAACACGUUUUCUUUCAAUCUGAGCGCUAAAAUGUUUCACUGCUUCUUAAAUGAUCUGCUGCACGACACAAGUUUGCUUUCAGCUCCAAACUCUUAUUACAAACUUUUUAUAAUUGAAAAACUGUACGUGAAGUUUGUGUGAGUGAAACUUCACACCGUGGCUGCUGGCGCUCUCCGUCCUCCUCUUCAGCCCUCAGCGGCGCACUGAGACGCUUCUAAUCCUCUUUUGAUGAACUCGGCUAAUCGACUUCCAGCUGCGCAUCUGGCAAAGUUCACUGAGCAGCACACGACCCUGUCCACGCCCCCGAAGCACGCAAGGCCCCCCACUCCAUAAAUUCUCCCAUCAAUGCUGAGAAACGUGAAGGGUCCCGGUGAGGCUCAGCGGCUGUGGCCGUUUGGUGAAGGAGGAGAAGGAGACAAGAGGAGGAGAAGAGGAAGAAGGAGACAGUAGGACAAGGAGAAAGGGGAGAGCGGAGGAGGAGCAGAGAUGCCUCCGCGUAAAAGCCUCUUCGCUCCCUUCGUGUCCGUGGACUCUGAGUGCGGUCCCGGUCCCGCGGCCUCGGCUCUCCAUGCGGAUCUCCACGCGCUGCUGCAGCGGAGCCUCGCACCGGACCGCUCCGGGGACUACCGGGACCCCCCUCGCGCCAUCGUGGAGCUCCGGCUUGGUCCCGCCGGGGGCGCGCUGCAUUACCUGCCGCCGGACACGAGCGCUCUAGAGCGCGCACAGAGACGCCGGCGUCUAGCGGCCAAUGCCCGCGAGCGGCGCAGGAUGCUCGGACUGAACGUGGCCUUUGACCGGCUCCGCAGCGUUAUUCCCAACACGGACAGCGACCGGAAGCUGUCCAAGUCCGAGACCCUGCAGAUGGCGCAGAUCUACAUCUCCACCCUCAGCGAGCUGCUGCAGCAGGGCGCGGGCGGAGCACGCAGCCCGGGCGGAGCACGCAGCCCGGGCACCGACAAAGCGCCGGCGGCCGGGGAUCCGCCUCGGCCCGAGAGGCACUUCCACACGGCCAGGAGCAACGGCGGAGGCCCGGGGUGCCCCGAGGAGGACGUGCAGGGGGGACGUGAACAUCUGUGAUUCUUUCAGCAUCAGACAUUAAAGGACCAAAACGUGUUUCACGUGUUCG